UGGGGAGAGAGUGUUUCAGCAAAACAUUCUCAUCAGGAUAUCCAGUUCGUUUAGACCGAAUGCUGCAACGCAAUGGUUCCUGAAGCAAUCGAUAUCUGCAAAUCAUCUUGACCGGCCGCCGGGAGGGCACUCGAGUUGUCGUGAGCCGCUCCUGGAUCAGUCACAUGUUAGACGAAGACUCAGUUCGUCCGCAUGCCACCUGGUCUGUCUGUCUGUCUCUAUCUAUCCUUACCCACUCCACACGUCACAGGAAGGGUAGAAGGGCGACCGUGAAGGGAGAGGGAAGGAAUGAUGCACGUAUCACCGUGAUAUAGCGUAUCGGCGGUGUUCAGCGACCGCGCUGUGUGUCGUAUACACGAGGUGGUGUAUAAGGUGCAAAGCGUGCGGUGUAAAGACUGCCGCGUAGGCAGCAGGCGAGGUGCGUUGCGAUAUUCCGCUGGUUAUCGCGGCGGUCAUCAUCGCCAUGGCCCGGUUUGCGUGGACCUUCCGAGGUAACGUCAGUCGGCUUCUCACCGAUGUACAGAUCCUGCAGUGUCUCAUCGUGCUAGUUAGUUUCUUCAAUCUCUCUCUGUGCCUGUACGAAGAUCAAGUCGGCAAAUUCGAUUGGAGGCAGAAUUAUGUCGGCAGGAUUAAAUUCGCUAGUUUCGACACGGUGUCCACGGCGAAGAAGAUCAUCGUCGCCACCGAGGAAAACGUUAUCGCCGCGCUUAAUCUGAAGUCUGGUCAAAUAUUAUGGCGGCGAGUAUUAGAGAAAGGUUACAGUGGCCAUAUCAGGACACUGGGAGGUGUUGCGGAUGGAGAUCUUAUAUCUGUAAGCGGAGGCGUUCCAGCCAUUGUUCGUGCCUGGGAUCUGGCAACUGGGCAUAUACUUAACGAAUGGCCAAUAGCUGAACCAAAUACUGACAGAAUAAAGGAUGUAAAAUGGCACAUCAAAGAUGGAACAUUGCAUCAUAUACUACCUAUUUAUAACAGCGGAGUUGAAGUAACAUCUUAUGAUAGCAAGACUGGGGAAAAAUUGAAGACUCGAAGAGUCUCUGCACCAUUCAUAAGUCAAGAGACAGAGUGUGUUCUAGCAGCUCCAUAUUUGGCAUGUUUGAAAGGCGACAGUUCUUUAGCUAUCGUAUUGUUAGUGCAUUUAUUCGACACCAAUGCACAGCCACAAUCAGUUACAAUAAAUACAAUAUUCGGGGCUGGCGCGCAAGGACCGUACAAACUAGAAUCUGUACUCGGAGAAGAGCCUGUAAUUUCCAUUAAUGCUGAUAACGACCAAAGAAAGCGGAUAUUGGUUAUUGGAGAACUCCCAAUUCCUAUACAGAGAGAUAUAGCUGGUGAUGCAACGCUUCAUGUUGUUUCUGUCGAUAAGGAGAAAAUACUUUUGGAAACAACGUAUAAGAAUGGAAGGAUAGAAAUAAUGGCUACAAAUCUCUUGUCCUCCGCACCACUACCUGACUUAUCGACCACCUUCGCUCAUGCUUCUAUACAGUCUCCAGCCAUAAUGGCAUCGGUUUGUCCGCAUCAGACGAAAGGAGUAAUGUGCCGUCACUUGUUAUCCUCGCAAGAUCAUAGUGUUGCACUGUUGCAACACAACAAAGUGGUAUGGACAAGGGAAGAAGCACUUGCCAGUAUUGUGGCCGUUGAAAUCAUAGAAUUGCCUAUGUCCGAUGGGGAUCAAGCUAUUGAGACGGAAUUUGAUCAGAAAGAGAGUAUUGAUGUAGACAGUUCAUGGGACUUGUUGAGCAUGGUAUUUAGAAGGGUCACUUCGCAGAUCAAUCAAGUGAGAGCGUUCUUUCACACGAUACUCGACCUGGUGCCACAGCAAUCCAAUCAACGUACCGACCUAGUGCGAGAUAAAUUCGGCUUGCAUAAAAUGAUCGUAGCCGUUACGUCCGCUGGGAAGCUGUACGGCAUCGAGACCAGAAAAGGGGAAAUUAUCUGGCAACUAAGAUUGCCUAAUAUCCGGGGUUUUACAAAAAUAUCCAACACGAUGAUCCUGUACGUUCAAAGAGGUAGCCGACAUUUCCCUCAUCCACCGCAGUGCGCACUGUUAGCAGAGGAUAAGGAAAGUGGGGAGGGUGUCAUGUACACUUUUAACCCGAUUAUCGGGCAGCCGUUGGACGGACUAGUGAAACUUGGCUAUAGAGUGAAGCAGUCAAUGUUACUGCACGUAACAACCGAUGAUUUCCUGCGUGGUAUCCUUGUUCUCGACGCACGGGAUAAAGUUCACGUUUAUCCCGCCAGCGCAACCGCGGUUGCUGCCACACUCGGGAAAAGUACAUACCUUUUUACAGCUGACCAGACGACCGGAAUAUUAUCCGGAUUCUCUCUCUCAUACAGCACGACUCAGGAGUUAAUCGCUCAUAAAGUGUGGGAAUUGUUAUUAUCGCCGAGGAACCAGAGAAUAACGCAGGUUAUAGCGAAGAAUCCGAUAGAACGUGUCCAUUCCCAAGGGAGGGUCUUGAGCGACAGAUCGGUAUUGUACAAGUACAUUAAUCCGAAUUUAGUGGCCGUAGUGACGGAAGGUAUAGGACACGCCCAUAAAAACACGCUUAAUUUGUAUCUACUGGAUGUAGUAUCCGGAGCUAUGAUUUUCUCGAUCACACAUAAAAGAGUACGUGGUCCAAUCCAUAUUGUGCAUUCAGAAAAUUGGUUGGUAUACAGUUAUUUCAAUGAGAAAGGACGUAGAACAGAGAUCGCCACGUUAGAGUUGUACGAAGGAAAGAUACAGAGCAACACCACAGUGUUCUCCUCUUUAGCGACGACAAAGUUGCCGAUUGUAGAGAGACAGGCAUUCAUUUUCCCGGCAUCUAUAGAGUAUAUGCAGGAAACAAUUACUGAAAAGGGUAUUACUAGCAAACAUAUAAUAGUCGCUUUGGCCAAUGGUGGAAUAUUAGAGUUGCCGUGGAUGAUGGUAGAUCCACGACGGCCUAUUAACCCUGAGAUGCGAGAAGAAGGAGUAAUACCGUACAUGCCCGAAAUUCCAAUUCACAUGGACGCCAUUAUCAAUUAUAAUCAAAGUGUUUCAAGGGUUUUGGGCAUCCACACUAGUCCCAGUGGCCUUGAGAGUACUUGUUUAGUUUUUGUACACGGUCUUGAUUUGUUUUACACGAGAGUGGCACCGUCUAAAACGUUCGACGUUCUAAAAGAAGACUUUGAUUAUUAUCUUAUUGUGAUAGUACUUGCGGCGCUGUUAAUCUCAUCGUACGCCACGAAAAAAUUAGCAUCCCAAAAAGCUCAAAAGCAAGCGUGGAAAUGAUGUCUCGCUUUUCUAGAAAAUCAUUAUGUAAUAUGUAUGAAUCUGUUCACACUAUAGGCAAGAAUUUUUGCUAAGAUAACUUGUAAAAUAUACUGUUUUAUAAAUAGCUAAUUUUAACACAAAGUAAAACGUUGACACUUUGUUAUCUUACCUAAAGAUUUCUUAAAAAAAUCUCGAAUCCCUUAAUUAAAAAGACGUACAUAGUGUAUUUUACCUUCUUAGCGACACAGAAUGCAUACCUGCGAUAGGUUAAUGUCUUUAAGUCCUUUAAGUGUGCUAUCAAUGUAUGACAAGAGUGGACCAUGAUCAUCGAUUUAUUAAACUAUAUUAAACUAUAUGGAGAUAACUGAUAACGUGCUCAAGACGUAAUUGCUUCUUUAUUAAUUAUACGGAACUUUUUGCAGAUUACGUGACGUUAUUUCAUGUGAUACCUACGCAUCCUCGAUAUAAAUCAAAGCAAAGAUUACCAAUUUCUCAAAUACAUCUACGGGAAAGACUAUGUACGUUCAUUAAUGCAUUUUAUAAUAAAAAUAUUGAAAUGUUAGUGUAUAUGAUAAUGAACAGCGCUGAAUGCAGGCAUUUACUUAUCUUGGAAAAAGGAAUGCGUGAUUGUGUAUUAUAUUGAAUAUGAUAAUCUAUAAAUUUCUAACCAAAUAUUUAUAAUUUAUGCGCUUGUAAGAUGUUAUCUUCUAGAAAUUCCGAAGAGCAGUAUAUUUUGCAUCUUUCUAUAUAUCCGUAGUUUAUCAUCCUUUAAUAUAACAUACGUAAGAAGUGUAUGCACUUUAUACACUUAUAUUCCAGAUUUCUUGCAAAAUAUCAGCUGUUUUGCAAACGAACAGGUUUUUUUGAGAAGGUCAUUUGUAAUACUUUUGAAAAAUGUCAUGUAAAGGAAUGCAAUUUUUAAAUAAUUAUUUAUCGUAUAACACAUGAAACUUUCUUUACAUCACCUUAAUUUGUUUAGUGACCUUGAUUUACUGUUUUAUCAAAAAACUGGUAUCAUUUCCAAUUUUAGAAGUCAAAUUAUUCUACUGGAACAUAACAGGAACAAGUUGUUAAAAAGAUAAUAAAACGUUUUUAUUAUCUUUAUUAUACACAUUUUGUUAUUUGAAAUAGUGUCUGUUACAUAACUGCCAUGCAAUGCAAAUAUUGUAAAAAUUUUAAGUUACUUCGCGAAAAGUGUGUAAUUCAAAUAAUCUCUCAAUAUUUUCGUCAAAUUCUUUAGUCUCAAAAUCAAAUGAGCGAUCUAUUUGUAGAUUAUAGAAGUUAAUAUCACACAAUUUUAUAUUUUAUGAAAAAUAUGGCAACGAUUGAAAUCGAUUGAAAUCGAUAUAAAACGAGAGUAUAAUAUGUAAAUAUCACUAAACAUACUUAAUAUUAUGAUACAUUUUUUUAUAAUUUAUUGCUUUGUAGAUAAUGAAGAGAGUAUAAUUACAUAUAAGUGAUUGUA